AUGGAUAAUGAAAUAUUGAGGAGUCGAUUUAUGAAAAGAGAGAGCUUAAAACUUCCAGACAUAAAUAAUAGGCUGGGCUCGUUUUCUCCUAAACCAAUUCGGUUAAAGCUAUAUCAAAAGCAUCGAAAGCAAAUAUAGCGCUUUCCCGAGGAUGGCGCGGAAUGGCGCCAUCCUCGGGAAAGUCAACUAAGCAUCCACACGGGAACUGGGAGUUCCACGUGUGGAUGCCAUUUUUGACAUGUGGGAUCCAAACUUUCACAUGUCAAAAUGGCAUCCACACGUGGAACUCCCAGUUCCCGUGUGGAUGCCCUUCCUGGCUUUCCCGAGGAUGGCGCCAUUCCGCGCCAUCCUCGGGAAAAAGCGCUAUAUCAAUUGAUGCAAUAAUUAACACUCCUCAGGAGAAUCUUGCUUCAAGCUCAUUUAUCACAUCUUCACAUCUUGAAGAAAAGCGCAGCAUUUCAAUAACUCCAGCUCCAGAUUCUUCUUCCAAUAACCCAAGAAUAAGGAAAAUUCGGCUCCAAACACCUGUUUUGACUUAUGAAAAAAUUGUGAUGUCUAAAGAUCUUGCUAUAAUGGCAAAAGUAAGGAAGGGUAUCAUUUCUGAGUUGACAGGAAACCGAAUUCUCAACUUGACUCCUGAUCUUUUGCAGACUUUAAAGCAUCAAUACCUUCCUGAAGAGCUUAAAACAAGUGAAAACUCUCAACAGCUGCUUCAAAAACAGAAAGCUUUUCAAGAAAAAAUUACUCGGCAUCCUUUGGGAACGGCUGCAUAUGCGAUAAGAUCUUUGUCACCACAAGCUAGAAAAACAAUUAAAGAGCAGCUUAAAAUAGCCCUUCCUCAAGGAUCCAGAUUUUUAGAAAUUUAA